CGACCCGAUCCCAAACUUACCGACGUGGAGCAUGGGCGGCGAGACGGAGCACUCGAUCGGGAUGCACUCCCAGAAGGAGUUCGCAGUCUACUUUGCUGCGACAUUGAUCAUCAUCAUCAUGUCGAUCCUCUUCAGCAACUACGCGGCGCACCACAAGCACUGGUACUUCCUUCCCGAAGCUGCAGCGACAAUCCUCGUUGGUAUGAUGGGAGGAGUGCUCUAUUUGAUGCAUACGGACUCUGUGACGAAAUCCUUGGCGACAUUUGAUCCGAGCAUCUUCUUCGUUGGUUUGUUGCCUCCCAUCAUUUUCAAUUCAGGAUACACUAUGAAGCGGCGCUUCUUCUUUGACAAUAUUACCGCGAUCGUCACGUAUGCCGUGGCCGGGACGACAAUUUCGAGCUUUGUCGUCGGGGUCAUCGUGUACAUCGCGGGAUAUGCAGGCGCGAGUCUCAAGAUGACGUUGGCUGAGUCGCUGUCGUUCGGAGCACUCAUCAGUGCGACGGAUACAGUGUCGGUGCUCGCCAUCUUCCAAGAGCUUCGCGUGGAGCCGACGCUGUUCUACUUGGUAUUUGGCGAGAGUUCGCUCAACGACGCCGUCGCGAUCGUGCUGUUUGCUUCGUUCUCCAAGUUUAUCGGGAAUUCGUUCACAGCGAGCGCGAUCCCGCUCGCGAUUUUCGACUUUACUUUCAUCUUUAUCGGGUCGACGCUGGUCGGGAUUGUGUUUGGCAUGCUGUCGGCGCUGCUCUUCAAACACUACAACUUCAAGGGGUGUCUUUACCAAGAAAUUGGCGUCUACAUCAUGUUCACGUACUUGCCGUUCGCAGUGUGCACGGUCGUCGACUUGUCUGGCGUCGUUGCAAUCUUGUUCACGGGGAUCUCGAUGAAGCAUUACACGUGUAACAACCUCAGCGACGAAGGCAAGGCGUCGGUCGCCAAGUUCUUCAAUGCGAUCUCGUAUGUGUCGGAAGCCACCAUCUUCCUCAACUUGGGGUUGGCGGUGUUUUCACUCGAAGAAGGGUUUCAUUUGGGAUUUGCCGUGUGCACGUUGGUUGCGUGCCUCGUCGGUCGUGCGCUCCACGUGUACCCGCUGACGUACCUGAUCAACACGCGCAAGACUGAAGAGCGCAAGAUUCCGUUGGCCACGCAGCACAUGAUUUGGUUCAGCGGUCUCCGCGGUGCGCUCUGCUUUGCGCUUGCGUUGGAGUGGCCGAAUGAGUUGCAGCGACAAGAAAUCAUUACAGUGACCAUGGUGAUUGUGCUCGUCACGCUCUUCAUUGGCGGCGGCGCGACCGUGCCCGUCUUGAACUUCUUCAAGAUCAAGCGCCUCACCCCGACGGAAGAACUCGAGAUCGAUCAAAACGUUCGCCCCAUGAAGCGUAUGCGCAUUUUGCAGUUUGACGCCAAGUACUUGGUCCCCUUCUUCACGCACAUGCACCCCGACGUGGACGGGAACGUGUCGAAAGCUGCUGUUGCGGCAAGCGACCAAGAGGAGUCGAGCAAGAACGACGACAGCCAAGUGCGCGCGCCGGCCCCAGUGACUUCAGUCCACAACGAAGACGAAGACGGCAUCGACUUUGCCAACAUCCACUAGGAGUGACGUUGGCAACGCCAUGGCGUUCAGGUCCGACACGAGCCGCUGCGCACGAUCAAGAAAGCGCAGUGAGAUGCCGCCAGUAGUCGAGUGCUUCACAUUGAAUAUUCAUGGGUGUGUCUUUCAAA